CUAGAAUAUCGUCAGGUGGGCCCUGCGUAUUAUCCAUCACACUCAUCCGAGUAUCAAAGAUUUUCUCAAAAGCCAGGAUGUUUUCAUCAUUUGAAAGAAAGUCGAAGGCUUAUUUCGUAAAUUUACAGCAAUUCCCGCGCAGGACUCGCUCUCAGGCACUCCCACACCCGUCCGUUGCUCCCAUCCAUUGAGUCCCUCAACCCCCGAAAACAUGCACUGCCUGAUUCCCGCCCAUCCUCCUUCUCCCCGGUGCACGGUAGCAGCGGCACUCGUCGGGACGGCAAUCGGCGUACUGCGCACCCCUCCCCCAUUCCAGUGAUGGGGAAGAGACCUCCAUCACCCUCCGCCAUCAUCGAGUUGGGGCCGCAGUCCCUGCCUCCUCCCCAUCCGUCCUACACCCCGCACGUGCCGCAGGAGCCAUGGACCCCCUGGCUGGUUCCCAUCUUCGUGAUCGUGAACCUGGUGGCUUUUGGGCUGACCAUGUACGUUAACGACUGUCCGUCCACGACUGGGGCCCAUUCCUGCCUCUUCUCAUCUCCCCUUGGCAGGUUCUCCUUCGAGCCCCUCUCCGUCAACCCCCUCUUCGGCCCUUCCCUUGAAACAUUAGAUCAAAUGGGAGCUCUCGAUUGGAAGAAAGUGGUAAAGGAAGGUGAAGGAUGGCGCCUGAUCUCUUGCAUAUGGCUACAUGCUGGAGUUAUCCACUUGCUUGCUAAUAUGUUGAGCCUUUUGUUCAUUGGCAUUCGACUUGAGCAAGAAUUUGGUUUUUUGAGAAUAGGGCUUUUAUACACGCUUUCUGGUUUUGGUGGGAGUUUGUCAUCUUCUCUUUCCUCCCAAAUUCAUAGAUCUAUAUCGGUUGGUGCAUCGGGUGCACUUUUUGGUUUGUUAGGAGCCAUGCUUUCUGAGCUCAUCACAAAUUGGACAAUCUAUGCAAAUAAGUUUGCAGCGCUUUUAACUCUUGUGAUUAUAAUUGCCAUCAAUUUGGCAGUUGGACUUGUCCCUCAUGUGGACAGUUCCGCUCACAUUGGAGGGUUCAUUUCAGGGUUUCUCCUUGGAUUUAUUCUUCUGAUUCGUCCUCAGUUUGGAUGGGUCAGCCGGAAGCACAUUCCCCCGGGAUAUAACAUGGACCUUGUGAAACCAAAGCACAAGGUCUAUCAGUAUCUGCUGUGGUUUACAGCUUUUGUCCUCUUACUGGCUGGGUAUGCAGGCGGCUUGGUUAAGCUCUUCGAUGUGGGCCCGUACGCGUAUUGAUUAUGUUAUGCUACAGUACUGACUGCUUCAACUGCUGUUGCUUUUUUAAGCCCUGCUCUUAUUUCUAAGAGUUGCAGAACUCGAAGACAUCGAUCCAUCCUUCUAUCUAUCAGUGGCCGAAGGACUCGGAGAUAAAAGAUUGAAACUGCAGUUCUAACUGUUUAAAAGAUGAAUGUAGGGGUAUGGUGCUGAAGACAAUUGACUCUGUCGCAUGGGAAUGAACUGAAGCCAAACCCCACUAAUGGAAAACUGUUACAGGUGAAAUGCAUUGGAUGGCCAGAUUGCAAUCCAAUGCAAUACAAGAAUCAUAUGGGAUGACAUUAGCUUAUCAAGUAAUUAUUUAUUCUUCAUUUUGUUUCUGCGGCAGUGUAGUUUGUAGAUUACUUGCCUUGCGAAGCUUCCCUUCCAAGAGGUUUGAGUUUUUCCCUUUUCUUUUCUCACAGAAAUCAACCGAGCGUGCCAUUUUCAA